UAUGGACAAAACUCAAACAGCUUCCCCCAUGUCAUGAAUUUUGAUACCGUGCUACGAAAUGGGUGACGAAGGAGAAGGGUCUGAGUGCGGACUCAGCUCCCAAUGGACCGAGUUAACUCGUGAGUGCUUGAUCAACAUCCUCUCGCGGCUCAACUUGGAGGACCGAUGGAAAGGAGCCAUGUUCGUCUGCAAAUCGUGGCUUGACGCCUCUACAGACCCGUGUCUCUACUCCAUCUUCGAUCUUGAAACUCACUUCGAAUUGGCGACCGAGUCACCUCUCUGGUGGACACCACACUUCGAGAGAAAGAUCGACGCCAUGCUGCGAUCUGUCAUCGCUUGGAGCAAUGGGUCUCUUACUGAAAUUCGCGUCAGACACUCUUCUGAUCGCUCGCUCUCCCUGGUAGCUGAGAGGUGCCCAAGCCUUCAGGUUCUUUCAAUCAAGAGCUGCCCAAAUGUUACUGAUGCUUGUGUUGCUAAGAUUGCUUCUGGGUGUCCCAAGCUUAGGGAAGUUGACAUCAGCUACUGCUACGAAAUAUCUCAUGAAUCUAUGGCUUUAUUAGGAAGAAACUGCCAUAACCUUAAAAUUAUGAAACGGAACCUGAUGAAUUGGAUGGAUCCUUCCCAACACAUAGGAAUUGUCCCAAAGGAGUAUUUGGAUGCCUGCCCUCAAGAUGGGGAUUCGGAAGCUUCUGCAAUUGCAAAAUUUAUGCCCCAUCUGAUGCACCUUGAACUUCGGUUCUCCAAGUUAUCCGCCCGAGGCCUUGCAUUGAUUUCUGAAGGCUGUCUCAACAUUGAGUAUUUGGAUGUAUCAGGGUGCACAAAUGUGACAGGUCGGGAUAUUGCAAAUGCAUCCUCCAGUAUGAAGCAUUUGAAGACUAUUAUAAAGCCUAAUUUCUAUAUCCCUAGAUCAGUCUUCCACACGGAGAGAUAUGGCCAUUGGAGGUUGUACGAUGAGCGAUUCCAGACCGAUGUCUUCCGUAUUUGAUCAGGCAAGCAAGAAAACAAAAAUUGGUCGUCAAUUAAGUGAUUGUUAUUGGACAAUCCUUUGUAAAUAUCAUGUUUAUUGCACCACUUUCAUCUUUUAUCCAUAUGAAAUAUGACUCUUGUUUAAGUUAUGUAGCAUCUUUGUACUAUGAUGUAUGUUGUGUACUGGUUUGCUCUAUUUAUUACUCCGUAAUAAUUUACAUUUCGAUGUUUGGUUAUCA